CGCCGCUCCAGUCUCCCGUCGAACCGGGGGUCGUGUGCACGCCGUCACCGCAGUCGCCGGUCCAUACUCAGCUCAUCGACAGCGUUUUGACCAUUUGCCCAGCACCGACGUGGUUCCGCGACACCAACUCCUGGCCGGCCCUGAAACACCGCCCGGCCAAAUCCGUCGAUGAAAAUAGCCGCACCUAAGAAAUUGCACUGGAAGGCACUCCAGGUUACCCUGAUUGAAACUGUGACCUCAUACAAGGUCAUUUUCAUGAGAGCCAUCGACGUUCUAAGAUGUAAAACUCGCCGAGAGGAGGUCUGCCGUUUAAUUGCGACGCCCGUUUUCCAUUAUUCACCAGUCAACUGGUAAAAUAAAGUGUGUUUUCCAUCUUUUUCUCCUGCAGAAGAGACAAGUUGUAUUAUUUAAACGAAACAGUAUAAUUAAUUGAUUACGUUGCAUCAUAGCGAAUUAAGCUUCAAGACACUGUCGCCCGACUUGGAGGAAAUUAAUCAGCGCACUAAUGCCAAACGGAAAAUGUUUCCAAUUACGAUUGCGAUUGUCAAUGCAAACAGACGAAGAUAAAUUUAAUGAAGCUGCAGCGUAAGGCGAUUCCAUGGAUAGUAAUGGGAAAAUAGUUGGGUGCGAGGUCAGGUUCAUCAAAAUGGAACUAAAACCCAUCAGGAUGUACAUAGAAACUUUAAUCAACUAAUCCAACAAAGAUUCAUCCUUUCAAACAAUGAUAUAAAACUUAGAUAUUAACAAUGGACUGGAACGGAACAAAUCUAACAGCCAACCGAGAACUAUACCAAGGCAACAAGUCAGACAUAAUCAAUAAUGAAUUGGUUCAGAUCAUAUUCUUCAUGAUCUACACAGCAAUAUUCAUAUUAGGAAUAUUCGGCAAUGUUCUGGUUUGCUACGUCGUAUUCAGAAACAAGGCAAUGCAAACUGUCACGAACCUCUUCAUUACAAAUUUAGCAUUGUCCGACAUACUUUUAUGUGUGUUAGCCGUACCGUUCACCCCUCUGUAUACCUUCCUAGGCAAAUGGAUAUUCGGCAGUAUUAUAUGUCAUUUAGUACCGUACGCUCAAGGAGCCAGUGUUUAUAUAUCAACUUUAACGUUAACCUCCAUAGCGAUAGAUAGAUUCUUUGUCAUCAUAUACCCGUUCCACCCUCGCAUGAAAUUGUCUACUUGUGUGUUUAUUAUCAAUAUAAUCUGGCUGUUCUCCCUCCUCGUAACCGUACCAUACGGCAUCUACAUGAAGCAAGCCAAGGGUAUCGCCAACUCCUCCACGUACCAGGAGGAAAACCUGUUCUGCGAGGAGGACUGGCCCAGCGACAAGUGGAGAAAGCUGUUCGGCGGUCUAACCACCACCCUCCAAUUCGUCAUUCCCUUCUUGAUAAUGGCGUUCUGCUACAUCUGCGUGUCGUUCAAGCUAAACGACCGCGCCCGCUCCAAACCCGGCUCCAAGAACUCCCGCAAAGAGGAGGCGGACAGGGAUCGCAAACGCCGCACCAACCGCAUGCUCAUCUCCAUGGUGGCGAUCUUCUUGAUGUCCUGGCUCCCACUGAACACCAUCAACAUCGUGAACGACUUCAACGACCUGAUCCACUGGAAGUACUAUCUGCUCAGCUUCUUCCUGGUACACGCCCUGGCCAUGUCCUCGACCUGCUACAACCCCUUCCUCUACGCCUGGCUCAACGAAAACUUCCGCAAGGAGUUCAAGCAGGUGUUGCCGUGCUUCGAGGGCGCCAACCGGGUGGUGAACAACGCCGGCCGUCUGGGCAACUGGCGUUCGGAGCGGACGUGCAACGGCAACGACACACAGCAGGAGUCGCUGCUCCCGUCGGGCAUACACAGGGCCGCCUCGGUUAAGGAGAAGAAGACGAUUCCGCCGCCCCACAAGACGGACAGUGUGGAAGUGGAGAACGUGCUGGUGCCAAAUAUCGGGGUCGUUUACGACUCGUUGGAGGAGAGUGUACGGCUAAAGUACAUCAGCGAGGAGGAACCGCCUCCGUAUGACACUCAACAAUGAAUUUAGACUAUUUAUUAAUGGUAUAUUAUAAAAGGACAUAUGUAUACAUAUAUUUUUUUGUCAUGAAGUUAUAUUUAAUGUUAGGAGGACCGUAAUGUUUAAAUAAAAGGUUUUUUUU